CCAAAAGCAGCAGCGAGAGAGAGAGAGAGAGAGAGAGAGAGAGAGAGGAGAAAACAACAGUGUAGGAGGAAAAACUGGCAAAGUAGAAGGGAAAAAACACAUUUUUGCUUCGGUCCUGCCUUCGCCUCACACCAAGGGCACCUUCCUCUGCCAUUGGGAGGGAAAAGGAAGGUCUUCGAGGGGUGGAAGGGUGGGGGGAGGGGCAGGAAGAGAGGGUAAAGGAGGAAAAGGUUGGGUUUUUGGAGGAGGAGUUGCGAGCGGAGGGGAGAAGGGAGGGAUGACGUCUGGAGGCGGGCGGCUGCCAACGUGGAAGGAGAGGGAGAACAACAAGCGGCGGGAGCGGCGGCGGAGGGCGAUCGCCGCCAAGAUCUUCUCCGGGCUACGGGCGCUCGGAAACUACAAGCUGCCCAAGCACUGCGACAACAACGAGGUCCUCAAGGCUCUCUGCCGCGAGGCUGGUUGGAUCGUCGAAGACGACGGCACCACCUACCGAAAGGGAUGCAAGCCACCCCCUCCACCUCCAGAGGUUGCCACAGGAGGCCCGUCGACAAACAUAAGCCCUUGCUCUUCUUCACACCUCCUCAGUCCACUAUCCUCUUCGUUCCCGAGUCCCGUUCAUUCCUACCAUGCAAGCCCAUCCUCAUCCUCAUUCCCAAGCCCGAGUCGUCUUGACAACUCUAACAAUCCCAGUGUGAACCCCUCUUGUCUUCUUCCCUUCCUUCGCAACCUAUCCACCCUCCCACCUCUUCGAAUAUCCAACAGUGCACCUGUCACCCCGCCCCUUUCCUCACCGACUGCCUCCCGCCCACCUAAGAUUAGGAAGCCAGACUGGGACUACAGUGCAUUCCCCCAGUCUCUGUUUGCUGCGUCCGCCCCUGCUAGCCCUACCCGGGGCCGCUAUCAUGGGCUUCCUGCUGCUAUACCUGAAUGUGAUGAAUCUGAUGCCUCCACUGUUGGAUCUGGGCGGUGGAUCAACUUCCAGAUGACAGCCCCGGCAUCCCCAACCUACAACCUUGUCAAUCCAGGAGCAGUUCCGUCAACGAACAUAGCAAGUUCUCCAGGCGGAGAGGUGUUGGAGAGGGGGAGAGGAGGCAUGGAGUUUGAAUUCGAGAGUGGUAGGGUGAAACCUUGGGAGGGGGAGAGGAUUCAUGACGUCGCGGUGGAUGAUCUUGAUCUCACAUUGGGGGUGGGAAGCACGGCAUCAAAGUGAAAGAUCUCGAGUAUGUUUUGCAAAAAUGCUUUUUUGCUUAGUUCUAAUUUCAUCUCAAUGCACUGAAGGUUACAUCUGCCAAGUUAUUGAUGUUUAGUUUGCUUCCAAGGUUUGCCCGAAUGAUUCUCUUGGCACAAGAUCUUAUUGUUUUGGCUUCUUGUAAGACCAUGAUGCAUGGAUACAGAUUCCAUCUUUCAUGACUUCUAAGGCAUGGUGGUGAUCUGUGGCAAUUGCUAAUGAGAAAUCUUUUGGACUUUAGUUGUA